AUGGCUGACUCCGAUGGCGAGUACCAUGAGAUGUCCGACGAUGACCUCCAGGUCGCCAACGGGAGAGGCGACGAUGCGAGGAAGGGAGGAAAGAAGGGAAAGAGCGGCAACUCCAAGGCGCGGUGGGAGGAGGUCAAGCGAAGUUGGGAGCAAGUCACAGAGGGCGCCGACGGCAGUCUCGCAGUCGGAGCGAGCUUGGAGGCCGAGAAGAGGAGGAGACUACUGAGAGACACAACACCGCUGCAGCGCGGUAUCAUCAGACAUCUGGUGCUGGUGCUGGAUAUGUCACUCGCCAUGAACGAGAAAGACAUGCUACCGAACCGCUACCGCGUAGCCUGGGCGUACGCGGCAGACUUUGUGAAGGAGUACUUUGAACAGAACCCAAUCUCGCAGCUGGGUAUCGUCGGCAUGCGGGACGGCGUGGCGCUUCGAAUCAGCGAGAUGAGCGGCAAUCCGACAGACCACCUGGAGAAGCUAAAGGAAUUCGAGGGCCAAGAUGCGUCGGGCAACCCGAGUUUGCAGAAUGCGCUCGAGAUGUGCCGUGGUGCACUCUUCCACGCGCCUUCCCACGGCACACGAGAAGUCCUCAUCGUCUACGGCGCCCUCCUCUCCUCCGACCCCGGCGACAUCCACACCACAAUAGAAUCCCUCAUAGCCGAUCGAAUCCGCGUAACGAUUGUCGGCCUCGCGGCGCAGGUCGCCAUUUGCGCGGAGCUAUGCAGCCGCACUAACGCCGGCGACGACACACAAUACAGCGUCUGCAUGAACGAUGCCCACUUCCGCGAUCUCCUCCUCGCCGCCACGACCCCGCCCGUCACCAGGACGGCCGCGCAGAGCACCGCCUCCCUGCUCAUGAUGGGCUUCCCCUCUCGCACCCUCGCGCAGGGAGAGACGACGGCCGUAUGCGCCUGCCAUAACAAACCCGCCCGCGAAGGCUACCUCUGCACGCGCUGCGCUACCCGCGUGUGCCGUCUGCCCAUCGAGUGCCCCGCCUGUAGCCUGACACUCAUUCUCUCCACCCAUCUCGCGCGCUCAUACCACCAUCUCUUCCCGUUGAGGAACUGGGUCGAGGUUCCUUGGGCUGCAGCUGCCAAGUCAAAAGCAUGCUGCUCCUGCCUUGCCAACUUUCCGGAACCACCUAAGGCCUCCAAAAAGAAGGACAAAACUAAGGAUCAAGAUGGCGUUGCUACGACGACUGGUCCGGUUGCGCCGACCCCGGUGAAAGCGGCAGAGCUCAAGGGAGUCAGCGAAAGUGGACGAUACGCCUGCACGGUGUGCGAUAAUCACUUUUGCAUCGAUUGCGACGUCUACGCACACGAGGUCAUCCACAAUUGCCCAGGAUGCCAAAGUGAUACCCGUGGGGCGACGAUGGAGGUAAUCAACGAGACGAAUGGGACGCAUGAGCAUCAAACCAAUGGGACUGCCAUGGUGGUAGACUCAUGA